GGGAAGGUCAUCUUUUUCGUAGCCUAUGAACAAGAUGUCGACGGAAGAAUGUAUUGAAAAAUGAUUGAAGUGAUGUCCUAAAGUGUUAUAUAUUUUAAAUUGAUAGACUUGAUGCUGUUUUGUAAAUUAUUUCGGGUAUGAAUCAAUUGCAAAGUCUUCUCCACGAUUCCCUUAUCGCAACAGGACAUGUCAAAAACUGUGCUAUUAUCAGACGAAAGGAUACUACGCUUAGGGCAAGCUCAGUCGGCUUUACUCCAUCCAUAGACAAUAUGUAUGCAGUGGUCAAUGCUUUUGUGGACCCAGCUGGAACAAGGAARGAAGGUCUCAAGUUUGAAGACACCUCAUAUGAAUGUGUUAGAGCAGACAAGUUUUCAUUGUAUGGCAAAAAUAAUAACUCAGGAAUUGUUGUGGUAAAAACAGCAACACUUUUCAUAGUWGCUCUGUAUUCCCCUGAGAUGAGCCCAAGUGUUUGUGUUGAGUCAGUGGAAAAAUUAGCUGAUUAUUUCAGAGAAAAGGCAAAGUGAUYAAGGAAAAUUGUCAAUAAAUUUCAUAUUUAGUUGAUAUCAAUCAAAUAAUGUAUUGUAUAAAGAAUUGUACAUUUUAUGAGUAUAUAAUCCAUGCCGUUUUAAAUAUGACAACAGAAAAAAUAAAUAAAUAAAUAAAUAUGUAAAGA